AGAUCAUUGAUAAGCAACAAAGCAGAAGCAGCAGCUUCACUUUCCACUGUCCUACGCCUAUAAAUUUCCCAUCUCUGCUUCUCCUCUGCAUCCAUCUGUCUAUAUCUUCCUCAGCUUGUUCCCUCUUCGUUUGUGUCUAAAUUAAAGAGCUUAAAGAUGGGUAUGGUGGUGGUGAUCUCUUUGCCUUUGAUAAUCUUCUCUCUACUGCUUGGUUUUGGGUGCUAUUUCUUGGGAAGAGCCAAAGGGAGACAAGAUGUUCGUACAAAUGCUCAAGUCUAUGGCGCACCAACUCCACCACCAGGUACAGGUAUUGCUGCGCCGCUCUCUUCUCAUCCAUCGUCGUCUCCUCCACCUCUUAAAAAGCCAGACAACUUGAACAAUGUUUAAUCUACUUCCUUUCAAUCACUUGCUGUUAUUCUCUCUUCUGGGUGAUUCUCUGUAUGCACACGAAAGAUUUGAAAACUUAUUUUUUUAUAUAUAAUUUUUUUGAUUUGGAAUUUGAGGUCCACAUGUGGGCUGCUCUUGAAUAUUGGUUUGUCAUUCGAAUCAGUGAAAAUUUCAAAUUUGUAUGUUUAGUUAUCAGUAGAUUGAUUUAUUUUGAACCAUCUACGUGAGAAACCACCAAUUUUUAACAUCAA